AUGCCAGAAUAUUAUCAAAGAGAAAAUCCAAUGGCCACCACCUUUCCUCACGGAGAGGCCUUCGCGCUUGCAGCAUGGGGAACACAAAGAAACCAGCACGAGAAAAUUGCGAUGCAAGACGCCUUUCAUCUUGCACGUCGCCAUAGCAGCGGUGCACUCAUUAGAUUACCUUCGGCACAAUCAAUUGCAGACAGAGAGGUAUGGAGAGACGAAGAUGGUAGCCUGCAGACACCUCGAGUGGAGAGGAUUCAAAUGGUAUUAGACGGCAACUCCGCGGGAUGUCGAGACUCCGAGCAAGCCAAGACCUUCGCUAAACUUCAACAAUUAGCCGAAGCUUCUUUUUCUCAGAAGUACUUCGCUAAAAGAUCGAGCCAUGCGAGCGCCAACUAUGUCACUGAGAUUGGUUCCUCGCUUCCGAACAGGCCGUUAAUUGUUGUUCCCAAGAAGUCGCUCACGAUAGCUGCUAUUCACGGGACGUUCGGUGAGAGGCCUUUCAAAUGUCCCCUAUGUGCUCAUAGAUCCCCAACACCAAAGGCCUUGACAGCCCAUUAUAAGGGAAUUCACAAGCAUGACAGUGUCGGAGAAGUCGAACCAACCAGGGAUCCGAAUCACAUCCGUCAGCUACAAAGCGCAGGGUUCUUGAGUACGCCUGAAGCUGCUAGUCGACGUGAGAAGCGUCGAAGAGUGUCAAGCGAAGAGGGUGAUGCACCGCCAGCACAAAAGAUAAAGGCCGAGGAUUCAGACGGGGCCAUCAUAAUCUCUGAUGAUGAAGAUUGA